CCCUGCCCAGCCGCGAGGCCACAGCAGGCAAAAUAGCCAACGGAUGCAGCAGCGGCAAGAUACGCGACCGCCGCAGCGCGAGCAGAGUUCUCAAUUGCAUCAGCCUGCUAUUGAGGAUGAGCCCGAACCUGAACCCGAGCUUGGCGAAUACAGCGAAUUCGGCCCACCGAUCGACAUGUCCACACCAUCGCAGUUUCUGCGCCGCGCCAGUGGCUUCAACAGGGAUGCCACGCAUCUAGAGAAUAUCGAAGAGGACCCGGACGAUGAGAUGGAAGCAAGCACGACUACCCCGUCAGUGCGGAGACACAAGACCCCUUCCCCUCACAAACAAGAGCCAAAUACAGCUGGAGAUCUACGGAAACAAAUUCUUGAACUCGAAAACAAGCUCCAAGACCGUAAUGAGCAGCUGGAGAAGGGUCGUCGGCGCGUGCUGGAGGCAGCAUCUGCUGGCGAGCAAAUCAAGCACCUUCAGGGCGAGUUGCAGAGGAAGUCGGCUUUAUUAGACGAGUUCUACGCCAAUCGCACUGACGAAACUAUUCUGCGGGAGCAAGUCCACAUGCUCCAGAAACAAAACGAAGAAAGAGAGACCUUCUUGCACAAGUCCACCAUCAAUGCCUCCGAGCUAAGCGCUCUUCAGAAGCAGAUUAGCGAUAUGCAGAAGGAGCUGCAGAACCGUGGGUCAUCACACCCGGACCUCGAUGCAGAGCGACUCGACACCAUCGCAUACUUGCGGCAGCAAUUAGAUCUGGCCCAGGAACAGCUGCGUAAGCGCGAUGCAACGCUGGACGAGACGAUCGCGAAGCUCAAGGAAGUCACCGAUGCCAAAGAGCAGCAGCUCCGAGAGAAGAACACUGAAGUUGAUGACUUGAAGGCCCAAAUCAGCAGUCACUUGCUCGAGAUAGAGAAGCUAGACACGGAGCUCGAGAACGUCAAUCAAGCCUACGAGACUCUGGAAGAACGAAUCGUCACCCUCGAAACGAAGCAUCGCCCCUUGGAGGAAAAGAACAACACUCUCGAAGCCGACCUCACCCGCGCGCAGACCCAAGUUACCGCGCAGGAAAACGCGCUCAAGGCCAUGGCCGCUGACCUCCCCCUCGAAACCGGCGGCAACACCUACACAGAAAUUCUCGAAUUGAUCAAGGAUCUGGGCCAACCCAGCCAGGCAUCCCGAAAUCUGAAUCCAGGCUCAUCGAGAAAGGACCCGAGAGAACAGAGUCAAGAUCAGAACCAGGAUUAUGGCCAGGCCCCGCACGACGAGCUGAACCGCCUCCGAGACGAACUCUCCAAACUUCAGACCGAACUCACCGAGGCCAACUCGGCCAAGAAAACGCUCGAGCUACAGCUCUCGCGCUCGGAGGACCAGGCCGUCGAAGCGCAAACCCUCAUCCACUCCAUCGAGACCGAAAGCACCCGCCUCGGCAAGCGCGCCGACGAUCUCCGCUCGAACCUCACCAAGACCCAGCAGGAACUGACCCAGAUGAAAGAGGAGCGCACCAAAGCCCUCGAUACCAUCGACCGCCUGCAGAAGGAGCAACAACGCCACCAAGAAGACGAGAAGAAACAAGCCCGGCAGCAACAGCUGCAGAACCAACAGCUCAGCCCCCCGCCUUCCCCUCCCGUCCCGCAACAACAACAACAACACCAACGUCAGAAGGAGCAAGAACUCCUUGAACAAACCCAGUCCGAACUCCGCACUCUGAAAGCAACCCAUGCCGCAGAGCUCGCGCAACUCCGCGAGCGGCUGGCGGGGACGGAACCCCGGGAAUCCCGGUACAAGGCGCAGGUGGGCUCGCUGCGCGAGCAGCGCGAGCGGCUCCAGAGUGAGAACCGCGCUCUCCGCCUCCAGGUCGAGCAUCUCGAGGCCGUGCUCGCGACAAAGGAGGAGACCGCCGCCGCGGUGGACGAGCGGAUCGCGCGCUCGGUCGAGAGGCGCGAGAAGGAGUGGCAACGGCGCGUCGAGCUCUUGCUCAAGGAGCGGGAGCGCAUGGGUCGCGCGCUGAUGUGGUCGUGGGGAGAGAAGGAAGUCGGUGGUGGUGGUGGUGGUGGUGGUGGCAACAAGGAGCAUCCUGCGGUGGGAGUGGACGAGAAGGGGAGGCGGAAACAGGGGUAUCGGUAUAAGUAUAUCGGGUCGAGUCCAGGGCAGGUGUCAGCUUCGGUCCCGUCGUUGUCAAAGAACGAUGGAUCUGGGAAGAGAGCCUGAAUGAACGAUACUGGUGUGGAUUGGAUUGGAUAGGGCUGGGUUGGGUUGGGUUCGGUUCGGUUCGGUUAUAAUGGCACUAUGGGAAUGGAAUGCCUUCUAUCACAGCUUCACGGGGUGCUUCAUGGUUCGUGUUUACGGUGCUGAUAUCUCUUUUCGUUAAUAUUUUUUGCUUCCUUUUCUCCAUUUCUUACUUCGCUUUCGCGACUCCCUGCUUUCUUUGUGUGCAGGAUGGGUUUUACACUGUCAUGAAAGGGCAACUUACGGUCGGAAAUUAAGGAAGAGAUUGGAUCUCGCGUGUACAGACAAGAGUCGCCAUGUCUCAGCCUCUAUUAGCAGAGCUGGAUGAGCGCUCGGCUAAAGCAGAUUAAUCCGUUAAUGUAUGUGUUGCC